CCACACAUGCUAGGUUCAAAGGCUAGGUUGGUGUGUUACUUCUCUUCCAUGCGAGCCGGGCUUCGUAAUCAGUAAUUUAUUUUUCCACCAAUACUGAAAACUUCAGAACUUCCGUUUUUACUUAAUUUUUGCAUCGCUUGCGUCAUCCGUAUAGAUAAUGUCUAUCCUACAAAAAAUUGCAGAUAUAGAGUCGGAGAUGGCAAGAACACAGAAGAACAAGGCAACUGCUGGGCAUCUUGGACUUCUCAAGGCCAAACUCGCAAAGCUUCGAAGAGAGUUGAUCACACCAAAAGGAGGAAGUGGAGGAGGAACAGGGGAAGGAUUUGAUGUUGCAAAAACUGGUGAUGCACGAAUUGGAUUUGUUGGUUUUCCAUCUGUUGGAAAAUCAACUUUAUUGAGUAAUCUGGCCGGAGUUUAUUCAGAAGUUGGAUCGUAUGAAUUUACAACUCUAACUACUGUCCCUGGAGUUGUAAGAUAUAAAGGAGCCAAGAUUCAACUGUUGGAUCUUCCUGGUAUUAUUGAAGGAGCCAAGGAUGGUAAAGGUCGAGGAAAACAAGUUAUUGCAGUGGCAAGAACAUGCAGUCUUAUAUUUAUUGUACUUGAUGUUUUAAAACCUCUUGGUGACAAAAGAUUGAUAGAACACGAACUUGAAGGAUUUGGCAUCAGGUUAAACAAGAGGCCGCCAAACAUGCAUUUCAGAAAGAAAGAUAAAGGAGGGGUCAACUUGCAAUGUUUAGUCCCUCAAAGUGAAUUGGAUGGCCCUCUGGUAAAAAGCAUAUUAUCAGAAUAUAAAAUUCAUAAUGCUGAUAUCAUUCUACGAGAAGAUGCUUCAUCUGAUGAUCUUAUUGAUAUGGUUGAAGGAAACAGGGUUUAUGUUCCCUGCAUUUACUUGCUAAACAAAAUUGAUCAGAUAUCAAUUGAGGAACUUGACAUUAUUUAUAAAGUUCCACAUUGUAUUCCAAUAUCUGCUCAUCAUAAAUGGAAUUUUGAUGAUUUAUUAGAAAUGAUGUGGAGUUAUCUUCAUCUGGUGAGAGUAUAUACCAAACCAAAAGGUCAACUACCAGAUUAUGAAACUCCUAUUGUUUUGUCAUCAAAUGCAUGCGCUAUCGAAGAUCUUUGUGUGAAAAUUCAUAAAACACUUGUAAAAGAAUUCAAAUAUGCCCUAGUUUGGGGUAGCUCCGUGAAACACAAUCCACAGAAGGUUGGAAAAGAACAUGUACUCAAUGAUGAAGACGUAGUACAAAUUCUUAAGAAAGUAUGACAAUGCUCUCUGCUGCCACAAGUUAUAAAGAUGCGCAAGAUUGUUCCAGCAAUAUAUUUGUACUGUAUAUAACAUUUUGACUUGUACAGUAGUGAAUUAAAUAUUAUCUCUUAUAAAAACA